CACACUAGCACCUCUCGUUUUUCAAGUAAAAAAAAAACAACUCUCUCUUUUAUGUUCCUUUUCUCCUACUCGGAAAAGGAAUAGAAACCUAACCGCCUCAAUUUAAAAACAACGGCAAGAAAAAGGGUGAGAUAUAUAAAACAAUUUUAUUAAUAUAUUCUCACAAUUACAAAACAAACCCUACCUUUUAAAUUUGAAGAAACACAAAUCUGCAUUUUCAAGCAAGCCAUCAUCAAAGCAGUGAUCCAGAAAAGGAAGGUCAGAUUUGUGAAUUUGAGUUCUGUUUUAGCAUAUAGCAAUCAUGAGAUUCUUAAAGGGGAGUAAGGUGGAGGUACUAAAGAAUAAACAGCUGCCUCCAGGAGCGUGGCAUUGUGCUAAGAUUAUCUCUGGUAAUGGGCAUACUUACAGUGUUAUGUUCGAAGGUUCUCUCGAUAUGAGAAGUGAGGAAGUUAUAGAGAGAGUGCCGAGGAAGGAUAUUAGGCCUUGCCCUCCUCCCACUGAGACUAUGGAGGGUUGGACAGUUGGAGAUGUUGCGGAAGUGUUUAAUUUUGGUUCUUGGAGAAUGGCUAUGAUUCUGAAGGUUUUGAGUGGGGAUUAUCAUUUGGUUAGGCUAUUGGGAUCUUCAGAAAAGUUCAGAGUUCACAAAUCUAACAUCCGGGUGCGUCAAAUUUGGCAAGAUAACAAAUGGGUUGUGAUCAGAAAGGGUUCUCGGAAUUGUGAGCUUGUGAAGUUCAACAAGCCAUCUAGCUUGAACUGUCAUCAGAUGACACCUGAGUUUCCACAGCUCUAUACAAGGAGAAAGAUGCAGGCAGGAAAUACAUGUUUAGCCACUCAAGACAAUACUUGUUUGCAGGAAUCUCAUAUUGUCUCAUCUAGAACAUUGAAGAGAGUGUCCCCUUAUUGCUCCUCUCAUACUGAAGCAUAUUCUAGAAAAAUGAGAGCAAUUGAGAAUGAGGGUGAGUGUCAAAGAGUCAUUUCAAAGUCUCCAUCCCCCUUGCCGAAAAAGGUAGAUGCUGUAGCUUACCCACGAGUAAAUCUGGGUGAAAAAUACAUGCAUGCUUCCUUUAAUAAACAAACAAUUCAAUAUUUUGAAUUGGAAAGGGUAAAUCAGAAUGGUUCUAUUUUGUGUUUUCAUGGAAGAAUCUCGGAACCUAUUCAUUGUGAUAGUGAUGCAUCUUCUGUUGGUAGUUGUAGUGUUGUUACUAAUAGUCCAAAUAGGUCAGGUGACAUUUUAACGCAUUCUGCUCAAGAUUCUGAUAUCCUUAGUAGUGAUGCUGAUUCCUGUUAUGAUUGCGGAGAUGAGGAAGGAAAAUGUUCCCUCUCUCCAAAAGAUAAUGUAGCAACAAGCAUCCGUAGAUUAGAGUUGCAUGAUUAUUGCAGCACUCUACAGGCUAUAUAUGCUUCUGGGACCUUAAGUUGGGAACAAGAAGCUCAAUUGACAAAUCUUCGUGUUUCACUCAACAUUUCAAAUGAUGAACACUUGAUGGAGAUAAGGAAUCUAAAAUCAGCUCGAUAUGGCCUUCAUCUUAGUUAACUUUUAAUCAAUGGAUUUAUUUUGUUAGGGUUGGGGCGGGGGGGGGGGGGGGGGGGGGGGGAGAUUAGAAUAGGAUAUUCUGUAGUUUUCUUUAAUGGCAUCACAUCAUUGUAAGAAACAGGAGGAAUGGUUACAUUUUGUAGUAUUAGUCUUGGAGUUUCUAUCUGGAAAUUAUGUACCAAAUAUUCUUAUACAGGAAUGAAUAUCUUCAGGCUCAUUGCAAUGCUCUUUUUCCUCCCCCCUUUUUUUUUUCUUGUUUAUCUAUUUGUUUUUUGGGAUGCUUCAUGAUAUGUAAUUAUAUUCCAUAAAAAUCUUGAAUUUAUUUUUAAUCAUUAGAAAGUUAGGCUGCCAUAUCAUUUGAGAAAGUUCUUAUGGACUUAUAUAUCUCCAGCUCUUCACUUUGAAAAUAAGGAAAUAAAAAAGUAAAGGUAACAAAGGGUUUUGAAAAACUAAACUUCUUUAUCUUAUGUUCUGGACAUGGAGAUGAUAUGUUUCUCUCUCACCAUGCAUGUCUAUAUUUUAGAAAAUAUUAGACCAUUAUGCAUGUCUGUUAUCAUGCUGCUUGGCUGAUUGACUAAUUUUGUUUUUAUAAGAACAUGCAAGCUCUUCAGUUGUUUACUGGUUGACAUGUGUUGAGUAAUCCUGGUUAUUGAGAUCUUUCUGGAUUAUAGAAGUUGUGCUUAACUGUUCCUGUCAUUGUGUAUAUAUAUCAUUCUGGUGAAGUUAUAACAUUAAUUGAUUUGUUGUAUAUGCGAAGGAGUAAAAGAAAUCUAUCUUGUGCUCCUUUGUUUAAACAUUUUGUUGGAUUUAAUAGACUAUGGAUUGAUUUUUCACAGAAUUUGAAUGGCACUGGGAGUUCUUUUUUAAGAAUGCUAUUGAUGAAUCCCUGCUUUUUCCAGGGCCAAAAUUGGAGGCUUUGCUUCUAAAGGUCUUAAGAUGAUGCUGGGGUUUGCUGCAUUUCUCUCCCUUAAACGAUGGGGCAAGAACUGCAUCCAAUUUUUCUAUAUUAGACAUUGCAUGACCACCUAAUUGUAUAAUUAUGUUAUUUGGUUCAGUGAUAUGGUUCAUUUCAGGCCUGCUGGGAUUAAUGGACACAUAUUGUUCCAAUGGAAAACUCAAUCUCUGAAAUAGUGGGAGAGUAUUUUUGAUAUGGUGGUCUUCUUUUAAACUUUUAGUUUUAAUAAUGCACAUUGUUCUAGUUUUCUUUUAGAUUUUUUUUUCCAUCAAUACCGGUUUAGAGUAAUCUCCUUCAACCCAUUACGAGGCGACUCAUAAAACCAUCCAUUUGAAUUUUUUAAAUAAGUCACAUGACUCAUUAAAUAGGUCAUGUGACUAUAAGUAACAUGAAUGGUUUUGUCAAUGGCUACAUAUUGGAUUUGGAGGAAAAUUUUUUCCUUUCUUUUAUAUUGCAUAUCUAUAUCUUGCAUAAAAGUUUGUCGUUCAUAUCUGUGGAUAAAUUUCUUUCAAUUUAUCAUGAUUUCUGAUUAUUUCUGCAAGGUUGGAAAACAUAAUGGGGUUCGAGGAAUAUCCCAAGUGGGGUCCAGUAGCUAUUGUGGUGCUUGGGCACUGGUGUUCAACCCCACCAGUUCCUGUCCUCCAAUUUACCUAUUAAAAACAAAUAGAUGUUAAGCUACUCUUUGGUGAUUUUAUCAUCCUUGUAAUCACUUAAGUAAUGACUUGCUUUUGUAGAAGUCCUACUUUGUAAAUGAAAAUUACCCUUGCUCCCUUGCAAUUUAUAUUAAAGAAUUGUGAUAGAAUUUUACUGGCUCCCUUCCAUUACUCUACUUCCCACAUCCUACCCUUCAAGCAAUUUUCCCUUUGUACUUGGUCUUGGUGUAUAAAUGACUAGUGACACACGGUGUCUUUGACUCUGUAUUUUAGGAAUAAUGACUUUACAAAUGGUCAUCAAUGUGCAUUUGCAUAUAGAGUAGCAGUACCAUGCAUAUAUUAGACUACUGAUUGUGCAAACAUGUCAAGUAAUUAUCUAGGAGCUCCUUCCAAAAUUAAAGAAGCAUCUAAUAUAUAUGUGUUAUUCUCAAGAAAAGCAUAUUCAUUGAAUUUUGUACACACACUCAUGUAGUUGACUAUGGAAUUCUGGAAACACUUCCAAUAAAUUUGUUGUGUACUCCUAGAAGAAGAUUAUAAUAGUUGAAAAUGAUCAACAUUUCAUGUAAUUAGUUACCUACCGCAGCCUGGUUGAAAAGAAAGAAUUGCAGGAAGGAAAUUUGGUGAGUUUUGGGAACAAAGGUUGCAGAACAUUGCUUGUAAAUGUUUGUGCAGAGAUCAGGCCCACAAGGUAAUUUGGUUUUGUGACUUUUACAAGUGACAUUCAAGUCAACUACACUUUUUCCCUAAACAAUUAUUCAUAAAAAUAUAUAUUAUAAAACAAAAUUAUAAAUUAACAAAUGUUCCACUUUGUAACUAUAAUUACUGUUCUAUUAUUCAUUAUAAUGAUGCAAAUGUCUGUUAUCCCAAAUUCUGUGGACGUAGGUUUCCUUUGUUUGAAGGAAGAUGUGGAUGUGGUUUAAUUGAGUUAAAGAGUACAUAGUUAAACAAUGUUACAAGAAAGAUGUAGAAAUGGUAUCAGUUGCACCUCUAGCCUUGUCAAAGUAAGCUGAAGAGGGCCCCCCUAGACACAUUUCAUGUUAAUUUGAGUAAAUACUGGAGCAAAUGAAUGAUAAUCACUAAUUGCAAUACUAAUCCAUGGAUAUGCAGAUUAAUAUAUUAACUUUACAUGUAUUAGUUGAUAAUGUGAAUGGGAUUUUGUUUUACAGAUCUAUGAGCUGAUCAACAGCGUUGUCUUGCAAAGUUGAAGUGGAAUGGGUGGCUCAAAUCUCCAAGCUGCGAUAUUGUAAGGGCCUUUAUAAUGAAGAAUGAUCUGUUGUCUUGCAAAGAUGGCUUGGUAUGGGUGGCUCAAAUAUCCAAGUUGGGAAUUUUUUAGGGCCUUUCAAUAGAGAAUGAUCUGUAAAGUUUGAAGUGUUUUGAGUGUCUUCCGAAGAGAGUGUGGUUGCUUCAUGUUGUGGUGGUAGCGUAUCUCAAGUAUUUCCUGUAUCCAUCCACGAUCCAUACAUUCUUUCCAGGCGUAUCUCAAGUAUUUCCUGUAUCCAUCCACGAUCCAUACAUUCUUUCCAGUUUUCUGCAUUUGCAAUAUAUUUUGUUACAGGCUAAUGCUAUUGUAUAUAUAUCAUGAGUUGGGCUUUAUUCUGUUC